UAAAUUAAAAAGAAAACUUGGAUAAAAAACUUUAAAAGUUUAAACAGUUUACUGUGAGAUAACUAUUCAUAAGAAUUCAAGUGAAAGGAAGUGUGAAAAACGUUUGAGACGUGCUGUAUCUUAGCAAUCUAAAUCAUAGUUCUACAAUUGUAAACGUGAAUACGUUAUCUUUUUUCAUUCAAAAUCUCACAGUAAGAACGGAGUACCCCCACUCGUGUAUUCAUCGUACCUUGGUGUGCCUUGCACAACAGCUAUAACUCGUCACCGAUUUUCAGUAGUUCCUCAGGCGUCUUAUCACAUUGCACGUAGUUAAAAAAUACCUAGUGUUUAGUUUCUACGGUGUACAAUGUACAGUGUUUAUCAAAUUAUAUUUCUUCCUUAAGCUUUUAUUAAUUUAUCUUAAGUAUUUAUCGCGAAACGUCAAUGCGCAGAUAAUUCGAUCAAUUGAUACCUGACAUUGUGAUAAAAUUAUCAAAAGUUUGACCAGUUUUAUCAAUUUAAAUAGAACACCAAUUUAAUGGAGACUUAAAAAAAAUAUCGAACAAUUUAUCGAUUAUUUAAUAAAAGUUGCAGUAAUGUGCAAAUUACCUACAUUUAAAUUACGAUUAGAAUUUUAUAAUACGUCUUGUUAUCAAUGUUAUCUUUACUGGUGCGAUUUCAAUGAGAUUACACGGUGUACGAGAAUUAGUAUUCCUUCGCACAUUGAGAAAGAUAUACUUCCGAUUUGAUUCAGUGCAACGAAAAAAGUGUCGAAGAAAAAUAUAUGCAUAUACACAUAUUUUAAUAAAGUAAAGUGAAAAACAGUGUGACAUGUCUGGAAGAGUGAACGAGGCAUUUGAAUUUCUCCUAAUUUUUAUGUACAUUUAUUCAAGAAAAAAAAUAUUAGAAGAAAAGUUUAUUACUUUUGAUCAAUAGGAAAAUCAAUUAGAUAUGUUAGAAAAUGGUCGCCGAAAAAGUGAACCUUUCCCACAUCAGAAUGGUAAUUCUGAUCGUGAAACAAAAAAGCCUUGGGUGACCAACAGUAAUGCGAUCAACGCUUACCUUUCAAAGCACCAAAGAGUUUUUAAGACUUUUGGCUUAAUAAUUUUAAAUCUUCUCGUCAUAACUUAUUUAGUGUUCGCGGGUAUUUAUUGGAAAAAUAACCAAAAAGAUUGUGACCUUGAAUGGUGCAAUGGCUUUGGAUUACUAAUUGUCCUUUUAGGACUUAUUUAUCUCGGUUUAUUUUAUUUUUUAAUUGUAAAACGAUAUUUUGCAAAGUACAUCAUACAAUGCUGUCAACCAGCAGCGAAUUCUUUGGAACGCUUGCGCAGUACCAAAUAUGGGACGCGUAUCGCAAUGAUAACUAUUUAUGUAAUUAUACUAAUAGCUAUCAUUACUUUCCUUAUCGUUGAUACCGAAGAAUCAAGAAGGAGGCUAAUUAGUAUAACCGGUAUUAUUGUUAUAAUAGCAUUAGGUUGGAUCUUCUCUAAAUAUCCGGGAAAGAUUCAAUGGAGAUCUGUCAUUUGGGGUUUGAUUUUACAAUUUAUACUUGGAAUUAUUACACUUCGAUGGCCCGUUGGGCGUAGUAUUUUUCAAUGUAUAUCUGGCAAAGUGGCCACGUUUUUGGAUUACGCGAAAGCUGGAUCUACUUUUGUGUUCUCAGACGACAUAGUUAGCAAAGGAGUCUUUGCUUUUACCGUACUGCCAGUGAUUUAUUUCUUCAGUUUCAUGGUGCAAAUCAUGUGCUAUCUCGGUGCAUUGCAAUGGAUUAUCAUAAAAUUAGGAUGGAUUUUACAAAGCAUAAUGGGCACAACGUUGUGUGAAUCACUCUGCGCCGUUGCUAAUCCUUUCAUUGGAAUGUCCGAAUCGCCUCUUCUGAUUAGACCAUACAUCGGUCAAUUAACCUCUUCAGAAUUGCACGCUAUAUUGAGCUCAGGAUUUUCUACGGUUUCAGGUACGGUAUUGGCUGCUUAUAUAUCAUUUGGUGCUGAACCGGCUCAUUUAAUAACCGCCUCCAUAAUGUCGGCACCGACUUCUUUAGCCUAUUCCAAGCUUUUUUAUCCGGAAACCGAAGAAAGUGUCACAAAAUCCGAAAAUAUCAAGCUUGAAAAAUCAUCGGAUACUAGUAUUUUGGAUGCUGCAACGAAUGGUGCAUUAGCUGCACUGCCAAUUGUUUUAGGUAUAAUCGCAAAUAUCGUUGCUUUUGUAGCUUUCAUUGCAUUUGUAAACGGAAUUCUCUCCUGGUUCGGUGGUCUCGUUGGUUACGAUGAACUAAGUCUUGAGAUUAUAUUGGCAAAAAUCUUUAUGCCACUCAGUUGGGUGAUGGGCGUUGACUGGAAAUAUUGCGAAGAUGUGGGAACAUUGAUAGGAUUAAAGACAGUGGUGAAUGAAUUAGUCGCUUACCAAAGAAUGGGCGAAAUGAAGGCUGACGGCCGACUAUUCGGCAAAGCGGAAGCGAUAGCCACAUUCGCGAUUUGCGGCUUCGCGAAUCCAAGUUCGAUUGGCAUUCAGAUCGGCGUCUUUUCGUCUUUGGCGCCAGAAAAGAAAGAACAAGUAACAAACGUCAUCGUGCGCUCCUUUGUAACAGGCAGCGCCACUUGUUUUCUCACAGCUAGCCUCGCCGGUCUGUUAAUUGACGAAGCUUCAUUAUCACCUCCCCUAAAUGUUACAACGACACUACCAAACGUCACUUCGAUAACAUUUGCUUCGUUAGAUGUAAUUUAAAAUUCUAUUAAAAUUAAGAAAUUGCAUGACAGUGAUAUUAUAUCUCCUGUUGAGAUUCAUAUUUUUAUCUCAUUUUUUUAAACUUAUUGCUUUAAAAAGAAAUACGCAAAAACUUGGUCUUGCUAAGUAAUCACAAGCAAAUAGUAAUAUUUGAAAUAAUAACACUAAAAAAAGAAGCAAAUAAACUUUAUUACAUUUUUUUUAUAUAUAUAAUAAGUAUUUUUAUACAACAUCAAAAUGUAACUAAUAAAUAACAUAUAUCAGA